AACCGAGUGAAUUUUCGGGGAGCUCCAUCAAAAACGUUUCAACUGCGAAUCAAAGCAGACGCGCGAAUCGAAAGAUCGGCAAUCGAAAUAUUUAAGAAAAGAAUCAAAGAUGUCCGUUGUGCCCCUUAUGUUCCGCGACUGGUGGGAUGAGAUUGACUUUCCAAUGCGCACCUCGCGCCUCUUGGACCAGCACUUCGGCCAGGGUAUGAAGCGCGACGAUCUGAUGUCGUCGGUGUGGAACUCCCGCCCCACAGUGCUGCGAUCGGGCUAUCUGCGUCCCUGGCAGAAGAACAGCCUGCAGAAGCAGGAGUCCGGCUCCACGCUGAACAUCGACAGCGAGAAGUUCGAGGUCAUUCUGGAUGUGCAGCAGUUCUCCCCCAACGAGAUCACCGUCAAGAUCGCCGACAAGUAUGUCAUUGUCGAGGGCAAGCACGAGGAGAAGCAGGACGAGCACGGCUAUGUCUCCCGCCAAUUUUCCAGACGCUACCAGCUGCCCAGUGAUGUCAAUCCAGACAAUGUCACCUCCUCGCUCUCCUCGGAUGGUCUACUGACCAUCACUGCGCCCAUGAAGAAGCUGCCCCCACCAUCGACUGAGCGCGUCGUGCUCAUCACACAGACUGGUCCCUCCUCCAAGGAGGACAAUGCCAAGAAGGUGGAAACCACAACGACCUAAGGGCCCAGGCUGAACUUUUUUAUACCGGUCUGACAGUUACAAUAGUUAGUGUAUUUAUGUAUUUAUUUAUGUGUCCCUAUGAUAUUGGGUUUUUAUACGACAAAUUAAUAUGAAAGAAAAUCUUGGUAGUGCA